AUGGAUUUCUCAGAAUCCAAAAAAUUUAUGGUUCUUCUCUGGAAGAAUUUUAUUUUAAAGAGGCGGCGAUGUAUUGCUUUAGUUGUGGAAAUGGUCUUCACAUUUCUAUUUAGUGCUGCACUUUUGGCAACACGCUUUGUUACUGUUAUAAAGAAGAAUGGACCUUUCAGUUUCUCUCCUCAGCCUGUCAGUGAAGUGCCUUUCCAGAUCGCAGAUUAUUUAAUUUCUCCUUCUUUGGAAUUGGCUUAUGUGCCUUCCAGAAGCACUGUGGUCCAGGGUAUUAUUGAAAGGGUGAAAAUGGAUAUAAACCCCCAAAUGAAAGUUCUAGGCUUUUCCUCAGAAGAAGAAUUUGAAGAUUACAUUAAGCAAAAAAAGAACUCUGAAAAUGUUCUGGCUGCUAUUGUUUUUGACCAUGAUUUCAAAAAUAGCAAUGAUCCCCUGCCACUGAAGGUAAAAUAUUACCUGCGUUUUAGUAAUGACAAGAAGAGCAAUAUGCUGGACAAUAUUUAUGGAAAAAGCAGCUGGCUUACAAAUUUUCUCUUUCCGUCUGUCCCUUCGGUGGGACCCAGAAACAAGGAUGACAAUGGGGGGAGUCCUGGGUACAUCAGUGAAGGGUUCCUGUUUGUGCAACACGCCCUGGAUAAAGCCAUCAUGCGAUAUCAUAGUGGCCAAGCGGCAGAAACGCUGUUUAGCAAUGUCAGCGUUUUUGUUCAGAGAUUUCCCUAUCCAUCAUACUAUCAUGAUUUCUUCUUUAUGUUUUCUGGUAUUUUCAUUCCUUUAGUACUUGUCUGUAUCUUCUUUCUGAAUCAUCUUACCCUCAUUCAAUCCCUUGUGUGGGAAAAGGAAAAUCGAUUGAAGGAGUACCAACUCAUGAUAGGAGUCAGUAAUCGGAUGCUCUGGGCGGCCUAUUUCUUCACAUUCCUCUCUUUGUAUUCUAUUAUCAUCAUUUUUAUGUGCAUAAUUUUCUUUGUCAAGGUUGAACCCGCACCAGUCAUCCAAAGCAGUGACCCAACACUUAUCUUUAUCUUUUUGCUAUUUUAUGCCAUUGCCACAAUAUGCUUCAGCUUUAUGGUUAGCACUUUCUUCAGUAAAGGAAUUGGACUUAAAUGGAGUAACAUCUUCUCAUCAACUACACUGGAUAACUUUUUUUUUGCCUAUGUGCUUGGAAUGUUCUUAUUUGAUGCUUUCUUAUAUAGCCUUGUGGCCUGGUAUAUAGAAGCUGUCUUUCCAGGAAGCUAUGGUGUUCCCAAGCCAUGGAACUUUUUCUUACAGCACUCUUACUGGUUUGCAGAACCACCUGAGAAAAAAACUGAAGCAAAUCAAUUUUAUGAGACAAUGCAAAGCAAGUAUUUUGAAGAUGAACCUACUGAUUUGAUAGCAGGCAUCCAGAUCAAACAUUUGUGCAAGGUAUUCCAAGGGCACAACACUACCAAAAUAGCUGUAAAGGACUUGUCUUUGAAUUUAUAUGAGGGGCAGAUCACUGUUCUUCUAGGACAUAAUGGGGCAGGAAAAUCUACUACUCUAUCCAUUCUCUCAGGUCUCUAUCCUCCUACAAGUGGAAAGGCCUAUAUUAACGGAUAUGAUAUCUCAAAGCACAUGGUCCACAUUAGGAAAUCGCUGGGCUUGUGUCCCCAGCAGAACCUGUUGUUUAAUUACUUGACAGUAUCGGAACACCUUCAUUUCUACUGUGGGAUAAAAGGAGUACAUGGAAAGAUGACUCGUGCGGAAAUUGACCACAUGCUGACUACUUUUAACCUGCUAGAAAAGCGUAAUGAAUUGUCAAAGUCGCUGAGCGGAGGAAUGAAGCGCAAACUCUCCAUCAUUAUAGCAUUUAUAGGGGGCUCCAAGGUAGUGAUACUUGAUGAGCCAACGUCUGGCAUGGACCCAGUCUCAAGAAGGGUCACCUGGGAUCUCCUGCAGCAUUUUAAACAGGAUCGUACCAUCCUAUUGACCACCCACUACAUGGAUGAAGCUGAUGUUCUGGGUGACCGCAUAGCCAUCAUGGUCAAGGGAUCCCUGCGGUGCUGUGGCUCUUCAAUUUUCCUGAAAAAAAUAUAUGGUGUGGGAUACCACAUUGUCAUGGUGAAGACGCCUGACUGUAAUGUCACAGAAAUCUCAAAAUUGAUUCAUCAUUACAUACCGACAGCCACUUUGGAGAACAAUGUUGGAACUGAAUUAUCAUUUAUUCUACCCAAAAAUUAUGCACACAGUUUUGAAGCUCUGUUUACUGCUCUGGAACAAGAGCAAGAAAACCUGGGCAUUGCUAGCUUUGGUGCCUCUGUCACUACCAUGGAAGAAGUCUUCUUCAAGGUCAGUUACAUGGAAGAGUCACAAACAGAUAUCAAAGCUAUGCAGUCUUCCUCCCAGGUGGGCCAAUCGUCUAACAGGAACUGGAAUAAGAACAUGUCAAGAAAUGUUGAGAGAGCAGAUCCUCCCACCCUGAAUGAAAGCACUACUAUUCACUUUAAUACUGGGUGUUCUCUCUACAGCCAGCAGUUCCGUGCCAUGUUCGUAAAGAGGGUCAUAUUCAACUGGCGCAACUGGAAACUGCUUUUGUUACAGAUCCUGGGACUCAUAGGCUCCGUUGCCUUUCUCUUAAGUUCUGGUCACACUUCAGAGGAUGAAAUUAUCAGGCAAAUGGAUUUGGGUCAAUAUGGCCAAACCAUUGUGCCCUUUUCUCUUUCUGGGAAUUCUGAUUUGGCUGCAAAUCUCUCAAAACACCUGAAGGGCAUGCUCAAGUCUGAGAACCAAAUACCUCAGGAAGUACAAGGUGACCUACUGAGGUACUUGAGGGAAACAAAAGAUUGUAUUCGUUUAUGUAUCGUUGCACUUUCUAUUGAGUCAAAGCCAAACAUAGUAGUACUUACUGCUCUGUUCAACAAUGAAGCAUAUCAUUCACCAUCUGCGGCUCUUGCAGUGUUAGACAACAUUCUUUUCAAGUCACUUUCUGGGGCCGAUGCUUCCUUAACAGUCUCCAAUAAACCUCAGCCACCCCCUGAUGGUAAAGACAAUGAAAAGCCUAUAAAUGGACAACAAUUGGCCUUAGCUUUACAAUUUGGCAUGGCUCUUCUGAUCAGUGGCUAUUGUCUCCUGACAGUGACUGAGAGAACCACUAAGACAAAGCACAUUCAGUUUGUGAGUGGCGUCUCUGUCAUUGUGUACUGGCUUUCUGCCCUAUUGUGGGAUUUCAUCGUCUUCUUUGCUUCCUGUUUCUUAAUAAUGGUGAUGAUAAAAUACCACAAAUUUGAUAUUUAUGUCAUGGAUUACCACAUUCUGGAAACUAUGCUGAUCUUCAUGCUGUAUGGCUGGUCUGCCAUUCCCUUUGUGUACCUAAUAAGCUUUGUGUUUUCUGGAAGUACUUCUGCCUACAUCAAGCUUCUCCUACUCAACUACUUUUCAGGCACUUUGGGUUUCCUCAUAGGCAAUAUAUUAGAAAACAAACAGCUAACCAGCAUGUCAAACACCACCAGAACCAUUCUAGGUAAUUCAUUACUGUUCUUUCCCAAUUACAACCUUGCAAAGUGCAUUGGUGAGUAUACAUCUAUCUACGAGAUGAAGAUACUGUGCACCAUCUACAAGAAUCUUUCUGUCUACCUAAAUUGUAGCAAAGAAAAUACUGAGAAGAGUAUUUAUUCUUUGGAAGAGUUUAUGAUUGGGAAGUAUUUGAUUGUCAUGAGUACUACAGGCUUUAUUUUCCUUCUCUUGAUUUUCCUUUGGGAGACUACUUCAUGGAGACUAAGAACAUUCCUCAAUCAACACAUUUUCUUUCGUAUCUAUAAGCGAUACAGGAAGGAUAUAGUGGCCAAGGAAUUAUCUGGGCAAUCAGAAGAUGAAGAUGUACAAAACGAAAGAAAGAGAAUCCUGGAGCAGCCUCAGGAGUUGCUGAAUUCCACAGUACUUAUUAAAGAACUCAUAAAGAUCUAUUUUAAGUCUCCAGCCAUCCUGGCUGUAAAAAAUAUCUCUCUUGCAAUCCAAAAGGGGGAGUGCUUUGGAUUGCUUGGAUACAAUGGAGCUGGAAAAACAACUACUUUCCAAAUUUUGACUGGGGAAGAGAGUCCUACUUCUGGAGAUGUGUUCAUUGAUGGCUUUAGCAUCACAAAAGAUAUCCUACAGGUGAGGUCAAGAAUUGGCUAUUGUCCUCAAUUUGAUGCCUUGCUGGAAUAUAUGACUGCUCAGGAAAUAAUGGUUAUGUAUGCCAGAAUAUGGGGAGUCUCUGAGCCCCAGAUUGGGCUGUAUGUGAACAAAUGGUUGAAUUCACUGGACCUGGAGUCUCAUGCUGACAAGCUUAUCCGCACCUACAGUGGAGGAAACAAACGUAGGCUGAGUACUGCUAUUGCCCUAAUGGGAAGGUCUUCAGUCAUCUUCCUGGAUGAGCCAUCAACUGGCAUGGACCCAGUAGCCCGACGCCUGCUCUGGGACGCAGUGACAAAGACAUGUGAAAGUGGAAAAGCCAUCGUUAUAACCUCCCACAGUAUGGAGGAAUGCGAUGCCCUCUGUACCAGUCUUGCCAUCAUGGUGCAGGGGAAGUUCAUGUGCUUGGGCAGCCCUCAGCAUCUCAAGAACAAGUUUGGCAACAUUUACAUCCUGAAGGUCAAGUUCAAGACUGAAGCUAAAUUAGAGGAUUUUAAAUGUUAUGUUACGACAACGUUUCCAGGUAGUGUCUUAAAACAUGAAAAUCAAGGAAUCCUUAACUACUACAUUCCCAGCAAGGACAACCGCUGGGGAAAGGUGUUUGGCAUUUUGGAGCAAGCUAAAGAGCAAUUUGAUUUAGAAGACUAUUCCAUCAGUCAGAUCACACUGGAACAAGUCUUCCUGACCUUUGCUAACCCAGAGAAAGCAUCCAGUGAUGAGGAAAAUGAGGUGCCAUGAGAUUCAAUUAUAACCAGUGACCCUCGUGUCUUUCAUAGAUGACACCUGGACCUUCUGUGUAUAGGGAGACCUUC